GUCCCGUCGGCGCCGCGUCUGAUGGGUCGACGGAUUGACAGUGGCCCCCCCAUCGAACCCCGGCUGUCAGUCUCCGCACCUGAGCACGACAUCGACCAAGUGCUCACCCUCGAGCGAACAGAAACCCACUCUACCCGCGCCCGCCCCCUUUAUUGCGCCGUCGCUGCUUGCACUUUUUCCCUCGUCCGCCUCCAAACACAGGACCAAUCGACGCGCACCGGGUUGAACUGGCUAGAAGUCGUCUGAUCAGGCCCCGCACCGUCAUCGAGACUCAAGAGCCGUCCGUGCAACAACACUCCAAGACUCGGCCGAAGCUGCAGGAUGCGGGCAGCUCAGUCUGGUCCCAGUCCAACGGCUGCCAAGGCGAUUUGGAUCGAGAGCUGCCAUAUACUGCCCCGUGGCAACGGUCCUGCGCGGGUCUUGAAGCUUCACUCUGAGCGAGUUGCCCUAGGAAGUAAUAACAAGUCUAGGUGCCCCCCCUCCCCCCUCGCAACACGCGCCGCCGCCCGCCAUGUCGCCCCCCCAAACGGGUAGGUACUUUUGGAGGUGCACAACCUAGCCCUAUCGUGGAACCCGGUCUCGUUGCCCAAGAUGCGGAGCGUUGCACCGACAAACGACUCGUCGGGUUGCAAUCGCCAUGCCAGUUGCAAAUCACACCAUCAACUAAGAGGCAGCUCGAUUUGCCUCCCCGCAGUCCGUCGCGUUAGUGCUGCAGCACCCAAAGUGAUUCCACGGAUAGGACAUUUUUUCCUCUGCGAGAAUACUCGUAAACGGAGGCCGUGGUGCGGCGACGGGAAACGCUCAGCGCCAUGAUAUAAGUUGCCGCGGUCGGGCCUCCCUCCCUGGUGUCUCACACAGCCGUGCUUUGCCCUCGUGCGACGCCCAUUUCGCCUGCCAAAAACCAGCCGAUCGCACGUUCCUGCGGGGGGAGCACCGAUUCGAUUCUUGCCUCGCUUUGGAUCUGCAAAUCCUCGGUUGUCGGUUCCUGGUCCGACCCAGUAUAGUCGACAACAAUGGCCGACUUGACCAAAGGCUCGUCGACGGCCAUCCAAGUGCAGUCUGAUACCCCCCGCGCGCGCGAUGCCGACAACAAGCCUGAGUGGCCUCCUUUUGAGGCCAACGAUGAGAAGGCAGCAAGCCUGAACAGGACGGACGUCCACGUCUCAGAAGGCCCUCAGGACACGAAGCAAGAGGACGACGGUGUGGUCUAUGUCAAGGGUCACCCAGUCAUUCGCAAUGGACUCGACGUCUCCAAAUUCCUCAUCUCCGACAGGGACGACCAGGAUCCCUCCUUGACCUUCCGGUCCAUCUUUCUGGGCACCGUCUUCACUGCCCUGUCUAGUGUCAUUACGAUGCUCUACGUGUUUAAGCCGGUCCAGAUGCAGGUCUCUGCCGUCUUCUUGCAGCUCUUGAUCUUCGUCUUUGGCGAGGCAUGGGCUCUCUUUACGCCUAACCCAGACCGCCUCAAGCCCGGGUGGCUGCGCAGCACCCUACGCUUCUUCAACUUUGGACAACCUUUCCAGAUCAAGGAGCACGUCGUUGCGUCUCUCAUCGCCUCUUCCGGUAACAACGGCCUCUCCGGAGUGGAAAUCUACGCCGUCGAGCGUCUCUUUUACGACCGCGCCGUCACCGCCUCUACCGCCAUCCUGGCCACCUUCUCCAUCUCGCUCUGUGGCUUCGUCCUGGCAGGGCUCCUCCGGCCACUGAUCGUGUACCCCGCCGAGAUGGUCUACUGGACGACGCUGCCGCAGGUGGUGCUUUUCCAGAACCUCCACUUCGACCGCCGCGCCAACCGCGACCGCCUGAUCAAGUUCGGCUGGGCCCUGAGCAUCGCCGCCGUCUGGGAAAUCUUCCCCGCGUACAUCGUGACGUGGUUCGGCGGCAUAUCCAUUUUCUGCCUCGCGUCCAUGAACGCCCCCACCAGCACGCGCAAGAUCUUCUCGACAGUCUUUGGCGGCGCAUCGUCCAACGAGGGCAUGGGCCUGCUCAACUUCUCGCUCGACUGGCAAUACAUCCAGAGCACGUACCUGGCGCUGCCCCUGAAGCAGCAGCUCAACGCCUGGAUCGGGUACGUGAUCUGGUACGCCGCCAUGCUGGGUCUGUUUUACAACAACGCCUGGAGCGCCAAGACGUUCCCCUUCAUGUCGACGUCCCUCUUUCACGCCAACGGAACGAGGCUCGCCACUACGUCCAUCGUAAACGACGAGGGGACCAUCGACCAAGCCAAGCUCGACAAGGUGGGUCUGCCGUGGUUGACGUCGAGCACGGUCUGGGGCUACUUCACCAUGAACGUUGCCAUCGGCGCACUCGUCACGCACGUCAUCAUCUUCUUCGGAAAGGACAUGAUUCUCGCUUUGAAGCAGGCCCGCAACAGGACGCAGCCCGACCCUCACUACCAGGCCAUGCUCCGGUACAAGGAGGUGCCCCAGUGGUGGUACCUGGCCCUCUUCGUCCUGUGUUUCAUUGCCGGUCUCGUCGUCAAUAUCAGGGGCGAGACGACCCUCCCCGUCUGGGGCUACAUCAUCUCGCUCCUGCUCGGCGGCGCCAUCGCCCCAUUCUCGUGCAUUCUGUACGGAUUGUACGGGACGGGCGUCGCCACGAACCAGCUGUCCAAGAUGGUUGCUGGCGCCGUCCACCCCGGCCGGCCUCUUGCCAACCUGUACUUUGCCAGCUGGUCGCACCAGGUCAUCCUCCUGGCCGUCAACCUGUCCAACUGGCUCAAGGUCGGCCAGUACACCAAGGUGCCUCACCGCGUCAUGUUUGCGACGCAAAUCUAUGCGAGUCUCUUGGGCGCCGGCCUCAACUACGCCGUCAUGACCACCAUUGUCACCAACCAGCGCGACAUCCUGCUCGACCCUGAGGGCAACAACGUCUGGAGUGGCUCGACGAUGCAGAGCCUCAACUCGCAGGCCAUCACGUGGUCCCUGGCCAAGGAGAUGUACGGGACGCGGGGGCGCUACUUGCUGGUGCCCCUGGGCCUGGUCAUCGGCGCCGCCCUGCCCGUCAUUCACUGGGGCGUGCUCAAGGUGUUCCCGAGCGUACGCAAGGUGCCGCUGAACACGGCCAUCAUCGCCUCGUGCGCAGGGCAGGCCUACUUUGGCAACACGUCGUGGAUCUGGUCGUCGAUAGCUGUCGGCGUCUUCUCGCAGGUCUGGCUCCGUCGGCGGAUGCCCAACAUCUACAACAAGUACAACUACCUCAUCGGCGCGGCGCUGGACGGAGGCGCGCAAAUUGUCAUUUUCAUCCUGUCCUUUGCCGUCUACGGCGCGAGCGGGACGUCACACCCGUUCCCAACGUGGUGGGGAAACCCGGAAGAGAAGCCGGACCACUGUCUGUAGGCAGGAUGCGGAAUUGGGUAUAUGUAGUGCAGAUGAAUCCAAGAUCACAAGCAAUGAGAGUUUAAGUGAC